UUACUCUGGAGGUGAAGAGGCUUGGACUCGCGAGGCGAGCAGUGAGGUUCGAGCCUGCUUACUGCAGGCUGCCUGCCCUUUGGCCACGUUCCGCCUCUGCUACUUGGUGCAGUUGUGCCUGAAAGCCGGUACCCGAGGAGCCUCUGGCCCCGUGGUUCCGCGCUCUUGAGUAGAGGAGGGGUGUCCGGGACAGGAUUGACAAACCCCGCCCUCCACUUAUUAUUUUGCUUAUUUUUCUUUGUGCGCUCCUGUUAGUUUGUUAAGCAGAUUUAGUCUAGAGUCUUUUCUCCUCCCUUCUCCUCCCUCCUCCUCUCCCCAUCGCCCUCCCCCCAAUCCUUUUUCUUCCCCUCCUCCCUCCCGUCCCUCUGCAGGAGACUCUCGCAGCCAAGGAAAGUUGCAGCUCCGGGUAGCGCCUAGGGGGUCUCCAGGCAGUGUUCAACCGCCGCCAUCCCUUUCCGACUACGGCCCUUCAGGGAUCUCCUUCGCCUGCACCCUUGCUCACUUCAGCCGGAUCUUCUGUGUCCAGAACGCCCCACCUAUGACGAUGCUCCUGGACGGAGGCCCGCAGUUCCCUGGGCUGGGAGUGGGCAGCUUCGGUGCUCCGCGCCACCACGAGAUGCCCAACCGCGAGCCUGCAGGCAUGGGACUGAAUCCCUUCGGGGACUCAACCCACGCUGCGGCCGCCGCCGCCGCCGCCGCCGCCUUCAAGCUGAGCCCAGCCACCGCUCACGAUCUGUCUUCGGGCCAGAGCUCAGCUUUCACCCCGCAAGGCUCAGGUUAUGCCAAUGCCCUGGGCCACCACCACCAUCACCAUCACCACCAUCACGCCAGCCAGGUGCCCACCUACGGCGGCGCUGCCUCUGCCGCUUUCAACUCCACGCGCGACUUUCUGUUCCGUCAGCGCGGUUCUGGGCUCAGCGAGGCAGCCUCCGGGGGCGGGCAGCACGGGCUUUUCGCCGGCUCGGCGAGCAGUCUUCACGCUCCAGCUGGGAUUCCUGAGCCUCCUAGCUACUUGCUCUUUCCUGGGCUUCAUGAGCAGGGCGCUGGGCACCCGUCGCCCACGGGGCACGUGGACAACAACCAGGUUCAUCUGGGGCUGCGCGGGGAGCUAUUUGGCCGUGCAGACCCGUACCGCCCGGUGGCUAGCCCGCGCACGGACCCCUAUGCGGCCAGUGCGCAGUUCCCUAACUAUAGCCCCAUGAACAUGAACAUGGGCGUGAACGUGGCGGCCCACCACGGGCCGGGCGCCUUCUUCCGUUACAUGCGGCAGCCCAUCAAACAGGAGCUGUCCUGUAAGUGGAUCGAGGAGGCUCAGCUGAGCCGACCCAAGAAGAGCUGCGACCGGACCUUCAGCACCAUGCAUGAGUUGGUUACGCAUGUCACCAUGGAGCAUGUGGGGGGCCCGGAGCAGAACAACCACGUCUGCUAUUGGGAGGAAUGUCCCCGCGAAGGCAAGUCCUUCAAGGCGAAGUACAAACUGGUCAACCAUAUCCGAGUGCACACUGGCGAGAAACCCUUCCCGUGUCCCUUCCCGGGCUGCGGGAAGAUUUUCUAUUCUUCCCCCUUCCCCUAUUUUGUACUUUUGCCUUUUGCAGGUGAGAAACCUUUCAAAUGUGAAUUCGAAGGCUGUGACAGACGGUUUGCCAACAGCAGCGACCGCAAGAAGCACAUGCAUGUGCACACCUCGGACAAGCCCUAUAUCUGUAAAGUGUGCGACAAGUCCUACACACACCCGAGCUCCCUGCGCAAACACAUGAAGGUUCAUGAAUCUCAAGGGUCAGAUUCUUCCCCUGCUGCCAGUUCAGGCUAUGAGUCUUCCACUCCACCCGCUAUAGCUUCUGCAAACAGUAAAGAGACCACUAAAGCCCCUUCUGCAGUUCAGACUAGCACCAGCCACAACCCUGGACUUCCUCCCAAUUUUAACGAGUGGUACGUCUGAGACAACCAAAAUGCAUUUAAAAGAGAAAACUGAGACAAAUCAGAUGGAAAUGGAGUUUUAAAGCAAGAGGCCAUAUAUAGGGCUACAUCUUGGUAAUUGCAAUUGUUCAGGAAGGUUUGGGGCAAGAUCCAAAAGUAGCCAUGCCCUUUUCUCAGGAUUAGAAAAUAUGUUCUGGCAUUUGAAGGAAUUUUUUUUUUUUUUUUUAACAAAAUCUUUUCACUGCUUUUCCUGCCCCCUCCUCUUGCUCUCUGUACACCCCAUCUGAAACUCCUUCAAAUCAUUUUAAUUAACACUGUCCUGUUUCUUGAGGAAGGUAUUGAUGGCUUGGUGGUGGUGAUGUUGUUAAACUGAUGAAAAUUCUUCUUCGCCUUAGUGGUGAUUGUUUAAACUCUCACGGUCUUAAACCAUGCCAAAGUCCUGUUAUGUCUUGAACUUUUUCUUCAAAGCAUUACACUUGUGAAUGUAUCGUCGUCUAAUGGGGUCGGAACAUGUUGGUCAGUAUUUUUUCAGGCUGAGGAUAUGAUGUUGGUCUACACAGAUUGUGACGUUUAGUAUACAGUUGCCUUUUGUAAUAACUUUUCUUUUUGUAAAUACAUAUCCGUUGAUGCCAUAUUUAUCGUUUGUAAUUUAAUUAUUGCUGCAAGUGCCGGGAACUGAACAAUAUUUAUGGAUAAAUGUUUUCUAACAAAUUCUGUACAGCUUUUGAUUAUAACUGCUUUUAGCAUUAAACAAUUAUUGUUUUGAGAAAAGGAACACAAUUUACAAUUUUUGAACCAUACUGACUUUUUUGUUUUGUAACAGCCUCCUACAAAGAGGAGACAUGAGUAAAUUGAAUUUUGUUUGUUGGUAUUUAUAACUCACUCAGAUCCCUUUUUUAAUUGUUAAAUUAUUUUUCUAUUGCAGUCUAGAUUCCUUACAAUGUCAGUUUCCAUCUGGGGAGGACCCUCCUUUCUUUAUCUCUAGCUCAGAUGGUUGUUUAACUGCGAGUUUAAAUGUGUUUGUCCUGGAUUUUCGGCAUGCAAAUCAAAUAAUACUGAUCAAUUCACUUAGUGGCCAUGACAUCUCAAUCUUGUACUUCAAAGCCUGAGAGGCUGGAUUUAAUCAUUCCUGCCCUAUAUAUAUAUAUAAACAUAAGGUAACCUAAUUAGUUUUAUGUCCCUUAGUUCUUUAUUACUUUACAUAAAUGAAAAUUAUGGCAGGAUGCAUGUCUGUUGAGAGAUCACUCAUAUACCUAUAUGUUUGUAUCUAUGACGUACCUAAUCUGCCUAUCAAAUCUAUUUACCUUCAAAAGAUAGCACCUCUGAAGUGGCAAUGAGCAAGGCCAGCUGAACAGUGCUUCUCAUGGUUAAAGUGCUUCUUAGAAAACAAAAAAAAAAAAAAAACAAUAAAAAAGAAAACCAACAUAGUCUUUAAGUUUUGGAUGGCAAAGGCUGAUUUGUUUGCUGUAUAUAGUUCAAUUCAUGAUUAUCACAAUUACUCAUAGCGUUUAUAUAGCGGUGUAAUAACUGCAGCAGUUCCUAAAUGAUACUGUGGAAAGAAAAACAUUUGCAAAAUACGUUAUUUUUAAAGUUCAUUACUUGUAGGCAAAGAUGUUAAGAGCAUUGUUUCCAUUAAAAUCGAUGACAAACGGUUGGUUGUUUUGUGAUAAAAUGUUAACAAGCCAUUUAAUCUUCAGUGAAGCAACUCAUUUGGACAAACAGUUCUUUUUACCAUGGGUCUAUGGAAAAGAAACUGAUCACUAUUUGGGGGGGGGUUGAAGUGGGUAGAGUUUGAAGACUUUUUUAGGGUGCUGUCUGGUUAUUGAGAGCCCAAUCUCUGCAUGAAUAACAGAAGAGUGGAGAUAAGGAAUUGUAAAGUAUUUAGAAGUGUAAUGAAUAGACUUAAGUACCUCUUUCGCUUUAAGGGGCAACGCUCUCAGUUUUUGGUGGCAGUCAAUUUGAUAUUAUAUAAUCAUUUUCAAUUCUAGAAUUUUGUUGAUUGUUCUUUCUGAAGAAAUAAAGUCUUGGCACAUCGUA